AUGCAACUGAUCCAUGACAACAUCGCUGUAGCUCAGCAGCGCCAAUCGUCUCAAGCCAACAAACAUGGCCGCUCCAACCUCUCGACUUUCGCCGCCGGCGACCAAGUCCUCCUCCUGAAGUCGGCGGUGCCCGUCCAUGCCUUCCGCACCCGCGAAGUCAGGAAGUCCUCCAACGUCAAGCUCGGUAGUGCUUGGCACGGCCCUUUUACCGUCCUCCGCGUGGUCAGUCCGACCUACUACAAACUCGAUGUGCCCACCUCAUCGCAGAUCCAUCCAACAUUUUAUGUGGGUAAACUCAAACAGUAUUUACCCACGACGGAUGUAGUGACGGCAAACAAUCCUUUGGAUUCCGUCGCGGCUCCUCUUCCUCUUCUGCCACCGUCGACUUCUCCACCUCCCCCCGCGUCCCCGGCGUUGAAGCCCGCGACAUCGCAAACCUUACAUCGGGUUCGCGCCGCAUAUUUACCCGGGCGGCGAUCCGUGCGACAGACCGAGCGUCCAAGCGCCCAUGCUUCUGUCGCCGCACGCCGGCGAAAUUAG